AUCAUGCUUCUGCUGACCUACACCUCGGUGGCGGACGAUGACAAGGCAAAGCUUCUUCUGUAUCCUAUCAUCUCUGGUAUCGUCAUGGCCCUCUGCUCCUGGUGUAAGCCGUUCCUCAACGAUCAGGCGGAGAUCCUCGACUCGUUCGAGUUCGGACUGGCCAUCUUCCGCUUCAUCUUCUUCGGCACCGUCGCCGUUGUUCUCAUCUCCAACCCAUCUGUCACGGUGACAUUCAUCCUCGCAGGAAUGUUGGCUGUUGUGCUCACGUGCGUCUGCGUCUACCUGGGUAUGCACGUCAUCGCUCAGUUCCUCCGGAAUGUCUCGCGGGAGAUCGAGGAAGAAGAAGAGACCAACGCGCAAGAAGUUCAAUUCAACGAGCGCCUGAACCAGCGCAUUUCGUCCAAGUCCUUCAAUGAGAAAGGCGUGGAGAAAGCAGCAGGCAAAGUAAGGCGAACCAUCGCCACGGUCUCGCAGAAAGCCGAGAGCUGCUCAGAUCGGGUCAAGCAGUUCAUGGUGCGCUACAUGCUGCCCCUCUUCCAAGAGACCGAGGAAGAACGCUACCUUCUAGAGUGGCGGCUCAAAGCGGAAGCCGUUGAACUGUUGUCCUCGCACGGCCGCAAACGCAAGUCGGGCAAG